AGUUUUUACUCAUUUAAAAGGCAAAUAUAUUAACUCCGGAAGUCUUUUGCAGUGGAGGUAAAAAUAUAACGUCCAUUUUACAGUGCAAAAUUGCGGGAAAUGGAAAAGUUUAUGGAAAAUGUGGAUAGUCAGAAAUGGGCAAAAGUUUACAGUUUAUACGAAAGGGGAAUGAAACUGAAGAUAGAAAAAAUGAAAACUGAUAAAGGAAAGGAAUUAAAGGCAUUAGAUAUAUGGUUCCAGAAAGAAUUACCCUCAGAUAUUCAAGAUAGAAAAGAUAAAUACAUCAGUAAAGAAGAGCUAUGUAACCUGAUGAAGUGGAAACUCAGUAGAGGUAAAUUUCGUCCUCGACUCCAACAAAUGGUGGAAUCGAAUCCUGAAGAAACAGUGAUAUCAGCCAGCAAGAGGGCAUUUAAGGUUUUGCCAAACUUGAAAAAGGCCAUUGAGGAACUCACAAUUUUAAAAGCUGUAGGCCCAGCAACUGCUUCUGCUGUGUUAGCAGCAGGUGCCCCUGACCAGGCAGCUUUCAUGGCAGACGAGAGUAUGCAGGCUUUACCAGGACUACAGCCCCUGCAGUACACUCUGGGAUUUUACUUGCAAUAUAUGGAUAAAAUCAAAGAGCUUGUUAAAGCACUUCAGAAAGAGGACAAAGACUGGACUCCUCACCAGGUAGAGUUGACUUUAUGGACCUACCAGUACUUGAAGCAAGCAAACCCAGCUUUACUUGCAGAUGUUCUGGAGGGCCCAACCAAGCGCAAACAGGAGGAGACCAAAGGCGAUAUCAAACAUAGGCAGAUUCAUGGCAGAAAUGCAUCAAAGCUGGAAGCACCUACUUUGGAAAAAAAAAGAAAAACCUGGAAACCCACUUUGAUUUAUAGAAGCCGGUUCCGCCAUCUUUGUUGGAUCACGUUGUCAGUAAAGUUCAGUAUGGCACACUUCAAUCCUCCUCAAAUACAGGACAAUCCAAGUGGCUGGGGUCCUUGUGCAAUUCCAGAUCAGUUUAAAGACUUGCCAUAUCAACCUUUUUCCAAAGGAGAUCGUCUUGGAAAGGUAUCUGAUUGGACGGGUGCGACUUACCAGGACAAGCGACAUCUAGGAAAAUAUUCAUCUGCAUUUGGUGGUGGUGCGAGCCAGUAUGCGUAUUAUCAUGAAGAGGAUGAGAACAGCUUCCAACUGGUGGACACAUCAAAGAUUCAAAAGCCACAAUACCAGAGAGGUCGCAGAGUUUUCCAACAGAACAAACAGAGGAGAGAACGUGAGAGGAGACAGCAGCAGAACCAGGCUAACAUGCAGGUGCUCUCCAAAUUGCAGAAGAGCAGGGAGAGAGACAGGCAGAGACAGUUGAGAAAGUGGCAGAAACAAUUUGGAAAACAAAUGCAAGAAAACAGGAACAAGGCUCCCCUGAAGAACAGAGAUGCCUCUGUUCAGGUCAAGGACAGCUGGCAGGUGGUAGAGGAAAUGGACUUCCCCCGACUGACAAAGCUCAGUUUGCCAUCAGUGGAUGACGGAGAGGACCUAUUGAAGUGUGGCAGUAUGGAAUACUAUGAUAAGCAGUAUGAUAGAGUGACAACAAAGAAUGAAAAACGAAUGAAGAGGAUAGACCGAGUGUUCCACAAAGUCACCACUACUGAUGAUCCCAUCAUUAGACAGCUUGCUAAGUCCAGUGGUAAUGUGUUUGCCACUGAUGCCAUUCUGGCCACACUGAUGUGUUCCACUAGGUCUGUUUACUCCUGGGACAUUAUCGUACAACGUGUUGGAAACAAACUGUUCUUCGACAAGCGAGAUGACUCAGAAUUUGACCUGCUCUCUGUGAGUGAGACGGCCACAGAGCCGCCUCAGGAUGAGGGGAACAGCAUCAACUCCCCUAGGAACCUCGCCCUGGAAGCAACCUUCAUUAACCACAAUUUCUCUCAGCAAGUCCUCAGAAUGGGGGAUGAAAAAUACAGCUUUCAGAAAACCAAUCCCUUUGUUCAAAAUGAUGAAGUGUCAAAUAUAGCAUCAGUUGGUUAUAGGUACCGUAAGUUUAAGCUUGGGAAUGACAUAGAAUUAAUCUGUCGCUGCGAACAUGAUGCUGUACUGAUGGGCCCCAAUGGAGAACUCCAAUUUAUUAAUAUAAAAACACUCAAUGAAUGGGACUCUAGGUAUAGCGGUGGUGUGGAUUGGAGAAGCCGUCUAGACAACCAGAGAGGAGCUGUACUGGCGACAGAGUUGAAAAACAACAGCUGUAAACUGGCCAAAUGGACUGUCUGCUCACUACUAGCAGGAUCAGACCAAAUUAAAUUUGGCUAUGUUUCUCGAUUGCAUCACCGAGACACUAGUAAGCACGUUAUUCUGGGGACACAACAGUUUAAACCCAUAGAGUUCGCUAAUCAAAUUAAUCUCAACAUGGAGAAUGCCUGGGGUGUACUUAGAUGUAUGAUAGACACCUGCAUGAAACUCAAAGAGGGAAAGUACCUCAUCAUGAAAGAUCCUAACAAGCUGCCAGUCAGUAUGAAUCAGUAUCCAGCUGGGUUACUGCCCAUGAUGGUUCCACAGCCAUACAUGAUGGCUGUGCGGUUACCACAAGGAGUUCAACCACAGCGAGCCCAGGCUGCUUUAGGGCAGGCAGCGUUGAGUCAAACAGCAUUAGGAACAACAGCUUUAGGCCCAGGUGGUAUUGUUAGCCAAGCAGCUCUAGGACAGACUGCCUUAAGCCAGGCUGCUUUUAGUCAGAGUGCUAUUGGACAAACGGGAGUCAGUCCUGCUCUCGUAGCACAGGCUGCAAUGGGACAAACUGCUCUAGGACAAACAGCACUGGGGCAGACUGCACUCGGGCAUAAUGCAUUAGGUCAGACAGCACUAGGACAGACAGCUCUAGGACAAACAGCACUAGGACAAACAGCUCUAGGACAAACAGCUCUAGGACAGAGUAUGUAUGGUCAGGCAGCUUUAGGAGGACCUACAGCUUUAGGUCACUCAGCAUUCCUUCCCGGUUUACCCCUGGCAGCAACUCAGAGAUUUGCAGCUGCUCCGUCACACGGUGGUUUACAGGCUUUGUCCUUGAGCUCAGCAGCUCAAGGUCUUGCACAACAUCCACAAAUGUUACAACUUGAUCCCAAUGCUGCACUUAAGAUUGCUUAUGCAGAUGGUGGACGAGCAGCAAGUCUGGCAGGUAUGUAUGGUAUGGGAGAAAUGAUGCACCAAGCAGAAACCGAGGCAUCAGAGAAAUCCAUUGUAAUGUUAGAUGACUACAACAGUGAUCUACAUCUGGUGCUGGAUGAUGAUGGAUACGGUGCUCAUCCAUUGUCUGACCCUUCAGCUUUCUGCUUUUGUUGGUCUGGAGUCAAGGCCACUCAUGGAGUUUAUCGGGGCAAGGCAUACUAUGAGAUUCAAGUGACAGAGCACCAACAGACUGACUUUGGCACUGAUCACCAGGAGAAAGAUCCCCACAUCAUCAGGGUGGGCUGGUCACUUGAAGAGUGCUCUCUUCAACUUGGAGAGGAGCCUUAUUCUUAUGGGUAUGGAGGAACUGGGAAAUUUUCACAAAACUGCAAGUUUAUUACUUAUGGUGAGAAAUUUGGACAGGGGGAUGUGAUUGGUGCAUUGCUAGAUAUGGACAGUCAGCCACCUACGAUAUCGUACAUGAAGAAUGGCCAGUGGUUAGGAAUAGCUCACACACUGCAUGGGUUUACCCCAGGCAUCAAAGAAAAAGCUUUGUUUCCACACAUACUGACCAAGAACUCAAGAUUCCGCAUGAAUCUUGGACAAGAAGGUACAUGGUAUCCACCUCCUCAAGGAUACAAUUAUGUGCAGCAGGUCCUAGAGAAAGUGAAAAGCAUGGAUGCUCCAGAGAAAAAGAAUGAAUGUGAGAUGAUUAUGAUAAUUGGUUUACCGGGUGCAGGGAAGACAACUCUGGCAGAAAACAUGAAAAAGAGUUAUCCAGAGAAGAGAUAUAAUAUCAUUGGUACAGACACACUGAUAGACAAGAUGAAAGUGAUGGGACUGCCUAGGAAGAACAAUUACCAUGGUCGGUGGGAAGUCCUUAUUGACAGGGCCACAAAAGCUCUCAACAAACUUUUUGAGAUUGCAAAAAGUAAAAGCAGAAACUACAUAUUGGAUCAAACUAAUGUAUACCAAUCGGCAAGAAAAAGGAAGAUGAAAAAUUUUUCUGGAUUUUUCCGACGAGCAAUGAUAGUUCAGCCAGAUGAUGCUGAAUUGAUGAGAAGAUCUGAGAAACGGACAGUUGAAGAUGGAAAAUUUGUGCCCGAAUCUGCCGUCAUGGAGAUGAAGUCUAACUUCAAACUGCCUGAGGAUAAUGAUCCCCUGUUUGAUAGCAUUGAGUAUGUGGAACUACAAAAGAGGGAUGUCCAGGCAGUCAUAGAAAGGUACAAUAUUGAUGGAGCAUCCCGUGGUCAGCCUGGUCGAUUUGGUCAAAAACCUUUCCAACCACCUGCUGACAUGCGCCAGGGUGGCUCAUUUACAAACCAAGCAAGUAAUGCCCCACCAUUACCUCAAACUAAAUAUGGAGAUCGAUUUCAACAAAGUGUCUACAACCAAGGUCAGGAUUAUGGCCAGCAGAGCAGAACCAGGGAUUUUGAGAGGCAUGGAAAGCAUACAGCACCUGCUGGAAGGGAUAGUGAACCUCCAGAGAAAAGGGGUAGGUUUGAAAGCAGUGGGAAUUCUAGUGCUUUGGACUUACUCAAACAAGAGUAUGAGGACGAUGAACCGCCACAGCCCCCAAUGGCAGCUUUUGUGCAAGGGAAAGAAAUUAAACAGGAGUCCCAAUGGGCCAGAGCCACUGCCCCUUUUGGAAUUGAUCCCCAGCAAUUAAAUACACAGAGUAUAUUAGGCCUUCCACCUGGUCACCUUCUGGCGGGACAGCCAGUGGCCUUUGGUGGUUCCAACCUUCAGCUGAUUAGUUCUGCAGGGCUAGCUGGUGCAACGGAACGAGCAGCGGUAAUCCCAGGGUAUGGCCAGGCCUUUGCUCAUGUUGCCGCAUCUCAACCAGACCUAGUUAAAGGUUUGCAGGAAAAAAGAAAUCUAGCAGAAGCUGCAAUAAGAGCAGAAGCUGCUAAUGCACUUCUAGCACAACAUACUGCAGCAAAUCAGGCACAUCUUGCUGAAACUUUGAAAAACUGGCAAAACCAAAGCCAACAACAUAGCAAUAGCAGACCAAAUAGCAGUGGAGGCUUCAAUGAUCAACAGGGAAGAGCGCGGCCUCAUUCCAAUCCCUCUCAAGGCUCAGGAUUUAGUAGAUCAAAUGAUCAAUUUUCUUAUAAUCAGACUAAACCAUCCAGAGAUCAAGCUAGGCCCAGUAGUGCAGAACAAAGAGAUAACUUUGGUAGAGGGAAAAAUUACGGACAAGACGCUAAUCAAAAUCAAUAUGGUAGUUCAGACUUUGAUAAAACCUCAUCAGACGCGGCCCAAAACAAUGACAAACGAAGACGAGAAAGGAAAAGACCAAGUAAGUGGGAUAAUCCUGAGGACAGUAAUACUACAGCAGCUGCUGAAAGUGGAGUUAGUCAAGAGGUAAUGGCCAAGGUUCAGGCUAUCCAGCAAAGUAUUCAGCGGCAACAUGAACAACAAGAGUCUCAUGGCUCAGAGGGUGGUCAGUCAACAGUACCCUCUGAUGAGGACAAUAAGUCAAAUAAAUGGCCGGAAAAUCAAGAUAAUAAUCAGUUCUCAGGUAAUUUUGGUGGACCCAAAAUGGAUGGAGGUAGUUUCCCUCCUCAGCGUGGAGGAUUUGGUGGUCGACCCCCAAGACCCAUGAUGGGUAGAGGUGGACCACCAGGUCAAAGACCCCCACUACCAUUCAGACCGCCUGGUCCGAUGGGAGACCGAUUUCCCCGCCCAGAUGGAUUCCUCCCAAGACCUGAUGGAUUUGGAGGUCCACGUUUUGGAGGAAGAGGACCUCAUCCAGAUCAGAGAUUUGGAGGACCCGGAAGAGGUGGCCCACCGGGUCCUCCCCCUGGAGGCCCCCCUGGACCCCCUCCUCCAGGUGGCCUACCCGGACCCCCAGGCCCUCCUUUCAGACCACGUGGUCCACUGGGUGAUCAAGGUGGUAUGAGAGGUGGGAGACCACAUUUUGGAGGAAGAGGUCCUCCUCCUUUUGGUGGAAGAGGUGGAGGAAUGCCAAUGAGACCACCUCCCAGAGGAGGUCACCAUGGAGGAAGAUGGCCAAGACCAUAAAUGAAUGUUAAGGAUAUUUUUACGAUGAUGUUAUUAUUCAGUGGCAAAUCACAUAGCCAUAGGAGGAGUAUUAAAGUGUUUUCAGCUUGGCUGUUUUAUUUUUUGUGAUGAACAUAAGGAAACCCAUUUUUAAACAAAGCAUCUUUUCAUUGUCCCUGAAAGGAGGACACAAUGGAUUAGUUCUGAUUAUCCUCUUUUUACUAAUCCAUUUUAGAAAUAACUUUCUUUCAUUAAACAUGUUCUGUAGCAGAUAUUUGUUUUCAGCAGGUAGCAGAAAUGUUACUAAAAUUAAUCCCAUGAUUGUGUUUUAUCCCAUCAGUGAUGAUUAAACCUUUUAUAAUAGAUAUUUUUGUCAAAGAUAAAAUAUUAAAUAUUACAUAUUAAAGUGCUAAAUCUAAUCCUAUUAAAUGGUAAUGACAUCAUGAGUUUCUUUGAAAUGUUAUUAGCAGAUUAUCAAAUUUUGAUGAACGAUGAAAGCAGUAAAUAUGAAGAAGCCUGUGAUUUUUCUACACCAGUAAAUUUUUGGGGGGAAAUUUUGCUUAACAGGAUAUGUGAAUUAAUUCUUGAAUGUAUACAUCAGUUCUUUAAGAUGGUCAGAUUUCUGGAAUGUCCAUGGAGAGGAGAUGCUAGGUGUUUAUUUGUACUUUUGUAGCUCAAGGUUUCCUUUCAGGUACUCGGAUCAUUAUUUAUAAAUGUUAUUUCCAGUAUGAUGUUAAAAUAUUUUAAAGCUAAAAUUGUUUGCAUCUGUCAUAUUUGUAUUAUGAUGAUCUGUAUAGAAUCAGGGUGACUCAGAGUUAGUUUACAGCUGCUUUUAUCUAGACAUUAUGCUUUUAUGUAGUCCAAGGCCUCUUCACGUCCUAUUUGAACAUGUAUAAAGUAGGCAUCCUCUUUCAGAUGCUUUAUUUUGCAUGUACAGGUUGUGGAUUGAGUAUUAUGUCUCACAAUUUGAAAAAAGGACUUAAUUUUAUGUUUACUUUUUAUAAAAGUGCAUCAUAGAUCUGAACGUAAUGACUCUAUCAAAAAUUAUGUUUUCAGAAGGUUUUACAUAAAUGAAAUAAUACAAGUUAAAUGAAAAUGUAAUUAAUUUUUUCCUUUAAGAUAUUUUUGAAAAUGAAGUUAUUCUAGGAGGGGGGGUGUUCAUUAUUAUUAGAUAUGAAGCCAUACUUAUUGUCUGUUUUACAGUUAAGAAUGUUUAUGAUCAGAAUUAUACAAAGGAGUGUGACAAAAUUUCACAGGAGUUGGCCAUUUUCAGGUGUAACCUAUCACACUACCAAUAGCAUGCUUUUGAUUUUAACUGUAUCAUCAAGUCUUAAAUGUGUAACCUCUGCAAUUGUUGUAUUUAAUGGUCUCUAUGUUUUGUGAUGUCUAUUUUGCAUAAACUCAACCACAAGGUUCAUGGCACCUGUGGUAAGUUUCAUGGUAAGCAUUUUAUUUCAGCUUCAGUAUACAGGAGUCUUCAGCCUUUCUCUUUCAGCAGAUUGAAGUAAAUCUUGUGAAUUGUG